UGGCGGCGGUUCCGCUUCCGUGUGGCCGCGGCCGUCGGUCGGUCCCUGCUGUCGGUGCCUGGUGUCUGUCCGUCGGUGCCCGGUGUCGCUCGGUCCGUCCCUGGGCCGGUGCUCGGCGGCGCCAUGAACCGGCCGAAGGCGGCGGCCGUGCGGCGGCCCAGCGCCGUGCCCAAGCCCUCCGCCCACCCGCCGCCCGGAGACUUCAUCGCGCUGGGCUCCAAGGGGCAGAGCGGCGAGGGCAAGGCCGCCGUCACGCUGCUGAAGCCGGCGCCGCCCGGGCUGCCCUCGGAGCGCAAGCGGGACUCGGCCGCCGCCUUGGCGGGCCCGGCGGGGCUGCCCGGGCUGGCCAAGCGCCCCAAGCUCUCCUCCACGCCGCCCCUCAGCGCCCUGGGACGCCUGGCAGAGGCGGCAGUGGCGGAGAAAAGAGCCAUCUCGCCCUCCAUCAAAGAGCCGUCUGUCAUCCCCAUCGAAGUCAUCCCCACGGUGCUGUUGGAUGAGAUUGAGGCAGCAGAGGCAGAAGGCAACGAUGACCGCAUUGAGGGGGUGCUGUGUGGAGCUGUGAAGCAGCUGAAGAUGAACAGAGCCAAACCUGACACCACUCUGUACCUGAGCCUUAUGUACCUGGCAAAAAUCAAACCAAACAUAUUUGCCACCGAAGGGGUUAUCGAGGCACUGUGCAGCCUACUCCGGAGAGAUGCCUCCAUCAAUUUCAAAGCCAAAGGGAAUAGUCUUGUGUCUGUCUUGGCAUGCAACCUUCUCAUGGCAGCUUAUGAAGAGGAUGAGAACUGGCCAGAGAUCUUUGUCAAGGUGUACAUUGAGGACUCCCUUGGGGAACGCAUCUGGGUGGACAGCCCUCACUGCAAGACAUUUGUGGAUAACAUCCAGACAGCUUUUAACACAAAGAUGCCUCCUAAGACCAUGCUCUUGCAUGGAGAAGUUGGACGUAGUGGAGGGGACCUUAGUGCUGGGAGUAGCCCACACCCUUCCAUGACAGAGGAGGAGGACAGCCAGAGUGAGCUGCUGAUUGCAGAGGAGAAAAUGAGCCCAGAGCAGGCGGGCCAGCUCAUGCCCAGGUAUGAAGACCUUGCAGAGAGUGUGGAGGAAUAUGUCCUAGACAUGCUUCGGGACCAGCUGAACCGGCGCCAGCCCAUGGACAAUGUCUCCAGGAACCUCCUCCGGUUGCUGACAGCCACCUGUGGGUACAAAGAGGUGCGUCAGAUGGCUGUGCAGAGGCUGGAGAUGUGGCUGCAGAAUCCAAAGCUGACCAAACCAGCUCAGGACUUGCUGAUGUCAGUCUGUAUGAACUGUAACACUCACAGCUCAGAGGACAUGGAAGUUAUCUCCAACCUGAUCAAAAUUCGUCUCAAGCCAAAAGUCCUUCUCAACCACUACAUGCUGUGUGUCAGAGAGCUGCUGAAUGCACACAGGGAUAACCUGGGAACCACCAUUAAGUUUGUGAUUUUCAAUGAACUAUCAAAUGCAAGAAAUCCCAACAACAUGCAGAUCCUGUAUACUGUGCUUCAGCACAGCUCAGAGCAAGCUCCUAAGUACCUGGCAAUGGUGUUCCAGGACCUGCUGACCACCAAGGACGAUUACCUGCGAGCUUCACGGGCUCUGCUGAGAGAGAUCAUCAAACAGACAAAACACGAGAUCAACUUCCAGGCCUUCUGUCUGGGUCUCAUGCAGGAACGGAAGGAGGCCCUGUAUGCAGAGAUGGAAUUCAAGGAGCGGUUUGUCAUCCACAUAACUGACCUGCUAGCUGUCUCCAUGAUGCUUGGUAUCACAGCCCAGGUGAAGGAGGCAGGAAUUGCUUGGGACAAAGGAGAGAAAAAGAACCUGGAAGUGCUACGCUCUUUCCAGAACCAAAUUGCUGCUAUCCAACGUGAUGCUGUCUGGUGGCUGCACACAGUUGUUCCAUCUAUCAGCAAGCUAGCUCCAAAGGACUAUGUGCACUGCCUCCACAAGGUGCUCUUCACAGAACAGCCAGAAACCUACUACAAAUGGGACAACUGGCCCCCUGAGAGUGACCGCAACUUCUUCCUUCGCCUGUGCUCCGAGGUGCCCAUCCUGGAGGACACCCUGAUGCGCAUCCUUGUGAUCGGAUUGUCGCGGGACCUGCCCCUGGGCCCCGCCGAUGCCAUGGAGCUCGCCGACCACUUGGUGAAGAGGGCUGCAGCUGUGCAAGCAGAUGAUGUUGAGGUCCUGAGGGUAGAAAGAAUCCAGCUGAUCGAUGCAGUCUUAAAUCUGUGCACUUAUCACCAUCCAGAGAAUAUCCAGCUACCUCCAGGGUACCAGCCUCCAAAUCUAGCUAUUUCUACUCUCUACUGGAAAGCCUGGCCUCUCCUGCUUGUAGUGGCUGCAUUCAAUCCUGAAAAUAUUGGUCUGGCUGCAUGGGAGGAGUACCCCUCUCUAAAGAUGCUCAUGGAAAUGGUCAUGACCAAUAAUUAUUCCUAUCCUCAAUGUACCUUGACGGAUGAGGAGACACGCACAGAGAUGAUUAAUCGUGAACUUCAAAUCUCCCAGAGAGAAAAACAGGAGAUUCUUGCAUUUGAGGGUCAUCUGGCAGCUGCAUCCACAAAACAAACAAUUACAGAAAGCAGCAGCCUCUUGCUGUCCCAGCUGACAAGUCUGGACCCUCAGGGCCCCCCUCGCAGACCUCCACCACAUGUCCUGGAGCAGGUGAAAAGCCUGAACCAGUCUCUUCGCUUGGGCCACCUUCUGUGUCGCAGUCGCCAUCCUGACUUUCUUCUCAACAUCAUUCAAAGACAGGCCUCAUCACAGUCAAUGCCAUGGCUGGCAGAUCUGGUUCAGUCCAGCGAGGGCUCCUUGGACGUCCUGCCCGUGCAGUGUCUUUGUGAGUUCUUGCUUCAUGAUGCUGCUGAUGAAUCGACCUCAGGUGAGGAAGAAGAGGAGGGUGAGAGUAAGGACCAGCGUGCCAAGAAACGCCAGAGACAGCAGAAACAAAGGCAGUUGCUUGGACGCUUGCAAGACUUGCUGUUGGGACCCAAAGCAGAUGAACAGACAACCUGUGAGGUGCUUGACUACUUCCUGCGGCGCCUGAGUUCCUCCCAGGUGGCUUCCCGGGUCCUGGCCAUGAAGGGCCUGUCCUUGGUGCUGUCGGAAGGAGGAAUGCGUGAUGGGGAGGAGAAGGAUCACCCCAUGGAAGAAGACUCUGGUGAUUCUGAGCUGCUGCAGGGAUAUCAGUGGCUGCUGAGAGACCUCCCGAGGCUGCCACUGUUUGACAGUGUGAGAGCCACAACAGCUCUGGCCUUGCAGCAGGCCAUCCACAUGGAGACAGAUCCCCAGACCAUCAGUGCUUACCUGGUGUACCUCUCCCAGCAUGCCCCAGUGGAGGAGCAGGGGCAGCACAAUGACCUUGCUCUGGAUGUUGCCCGACUGAUCGUGGAGCGCUCCACCAUCAUGUCCCACCUGUUCUCCAAGCUCUCCUACAGUGCUGAGUCAGAUGCAGUGCUCGUGGCUCUGCUCUCCAUCUUCUCCCGCUACAUCAAGCGCAUGCGGCAGAGCAAGGAGGGUGAGGAGGUGUACAGCUGGUCAGAGUCCCAGGAUCAGGUGUUCCUUCGUUGGACUAGUGGGGAAACAGCCACCAUGCACAUCCUUGUGGUCCAUGCCAUGGUUAUUCUCCUGACACUGGGGCCACCUCAAGCAGGGGAUGGUGAUUUUUACACCUUACUGGAUAUAUGGUUCCCGGAGAAAAAGCCCCUUCCUACUGCUUUUCUGGUUGACACCUCUGAGGAGGCUCUGCUGCUCCCUGACUGGCUGAAGCUGCGGAUGAUCCGCUCCGAGGUCCCACGUCUCGUUGAUGCAGCCCUGCAGGACCUGGAGCCACAGCAGCUGCUUCUCUUUGUUCAGUCCUUUGGAAUCCCAGUUUCCAGCAUGAGCAAACUUCUUCAGUACCUGGAUCAGGCAGUAUCUCAUGACCCACAGACACUGGAGCAGAACAUCAUGGACAAGAACUACAUGGCUCAUCUUGUGGAGGUUCAACAUGAGAGAGGAGCAACAGGAGGCCAAACUUUCCACUCCCUGCUUACUGCCUCCUUACCAGCCCGCCGAGACAGCGCUGAGACUGCAAGGUCAAAAUCUAGUCCUGAAAACUCUCAGAGUCAGAGUCGGAUCCGGGCCUUGAGCCAGGUCCGUGUUCUGGGCCCAGAAGAUGAUCUGGCAGGCAUCUUUCUGCAGCUUUUCCCACUGACCCCAGACCCGCGGUGGCAGAACUCCAGCCUGCGGCCGCUGGCCCUGGCACUGCAGCAGGCGCUGGGGCAGGAGCUGGCUCACAUCCGCCAAGGGGCCACGGCCAGCGGGACCGCAGGGAGCGGGACCACAGACAGCGGGAUCAAGGACAGCGGGAUCACAGACAGUGGGACCACAGACAGUGGGACCACAGACAGUGGGAUCACUGCACGGGUGCUGCAGGCCUUGGCUGCACUGCUCAACUCCACACACAGCGGCGCCCUGGUCAUGGCCAUGCAUCGCCACCACUUCAUCUCCUGCCCGCUCAUGCGCCAGCUCUACCAGUACCACCGCUCCAUGCCACAGGACACUGCCUUCUCCUCGCUCUUCUUCAAAGUGCUCAUGCAGAUGCUGCAGUGGUUGGAGAACCCCGCGGUGGAAGACGGUCCCCUGCGAGCUCAGCUGAAGGCCUUUGCUGUGCAAUACUCCUCAAGGCACAGGAUCAGUGAUGUUCGAGGUGGCUUCUUGCACCUCGCAGAAGCUCUUUCUUUCCGUCGUGACCCUGACUUGAUCAGCUCCACAGUCUGUGCCAUCAUUGCAACCCUGAAAUCAGGAGAGAAGUGUAAUGUGGAGCCAGAGCUCAUCAGCAAAGUCCUUCAAGGUCUGAUUGAAACCCACUCUCCAUACCUGGAGGAGCUCCUGACCGUCCUCUUCUCAGCUACUGUUGAGACCACUGCCAGGUGUCCUGCCAUGAAACCAAUUGCUGUGGUGUGCUCCUUGUUGCUCCAGGACAAAGAAGAAACACCAGUAAAGAAGGAGGUGGAGAGUUGCAGUGCUGAAUCAGCUUGGCCAGGGCCUGCCUCUGGCCUUCUCAAUGACUGGCUGGAGAUGUUGGACCCAGAGGUCAUCAGCAGCUGCCCUGAUCUACAGCAGAAGCUACUGUUCUCCUGGAACAAAGCAGGGUCCCAGGUGCCCUCCUUCCGCCCGUACCUCUUGGCUCUUCUGACUCACCAGUCCAGCUGGACCACACUGCACCAGUGCAUCAGGCUUCUGCUUGGCAGGAACAGGGAGCAAAGAUUUGACCCAACUGCAUCCUUGGAUUUCUUGUGGGCCUGUAUUCACAUUCCUCGGAUCUGGCAGGGAAGGGACCAGAGAACUCCUCAGAAGCGCCGUGAGGAAUUUGUGCUCCACCUGAAGGCAUCAGAACUGAUCAGCAUGGUGGAGCUGAUCCUGGCUGAAGCAGAGACCAGAUACCAGAAUACUGAUGAGGCUUCCUGCACACUCAUCCAGUCCCGACUGCCGUUGUUGCUCAGUUGUUCUCACGGAGACCUUGAGAACGUCAAAAAAGUAACAGAAUAUUUGACCAGCUGCAUCCAGCAGUGGGGAAGCAGCUCUGUGGGGAAAUGCUGCCAGGACCUUCUGCUGCAGAUAUACCUGCAACUACCUGAGCUCCUUGUGCCUAUGCCUGAGAUGCUUCUUACCAGUGAAGGAGCCAGAGACAGCAGCACUUGCAAGCUUGAUGCCCUGGUUCACAGAUUCAUUAACCUCCUCGCAGACACCAGUGACUCCAAGUCAUCCGAAAGCCGCGUGUGGGAUGCCAAUAUGGCCUGCAGGAAGUUGGCUGUGGCUCAUCCCAUCCUCCUCCUUAGGCACUUGCCAAUGAUUGCAGCACUGCUGCACGGCCGUGUUCACCUCAAUUUCCAGGAGUUCAGGCAGCAGAACCACUUGACCUUCUUUAUCCACGUCCUGGGGAUCCUGGAGCUGCUCCAGCCGCAGGUCUUCCACAAUGAGCACCAGGCGGCACUCUGGGACUGUCUCCUGUCCUUCAUCCGUCUGCUGCUGAACUACCGAAAAUCCUCACGGCACCUGGCUGCCUUCAUCAGCAAGUUUGUCCAGUUUAUCCACAAGUACAUCACGUGCAAUGCCCAGGCAGCUGUCUCCUUCUUGCAGAAGCACUCGGAUCCACUCCAUGACCUGUCAUCAGACAACAGUGACCUAGCAAUGCUGAAAUCCCUCCUGGCUGGGCUGAGUCUGCCUAGUAAGAGUGGCAUCUUGGACAGGGGCUCUGAUGAAGAGAAGGAUGAUGAAGCAGCUGCUGGCUCUCUCCCCCUGGUCAGCGUGUCCCUCUUCACUCCCCUCACACCAGCUGAAAUGGCCCCGUAUAUGAAGAGGCUCUCCAGAGGCCAAACAGUGGAGGACAUCCUGGAGGUGCUGACAGACAUUGAUGAGAUGUCCAGACGGAGGCCAGAAAUUCUUGCCUUUUUUGCUACCAACCUACAGAAGCUGAUGAGUUCAUCAGAGGAUUCCUGCCGAAACCUGGCCUUCAGCCUGGCUUUGCGCUCCAUCCAGAACAACCCCAGCAUUGCUGCAGAUUUCCUGCCCACCUACAUGUACUGCCUCGGCAGCCGAGACUUCGAGGUGGUGCAGACAGCACUGAGGAACCUGCCUGAAUACACCCUCCUCUGCCAAGAGCACGCAGCAGUGUUGCUGCACAGGGCCUUCCUGGUGGGCAUGUACGGCCAGAUCGACACCAGCUCUCAGAUCUCAGAGGCCUUGAAGAUUCUGCACAUGGAGGCCAUGAUAUGAACAUAUGUUUCUGGGAGUUCCACUUCCAGAGGAAUUAAUUUAAUGGAUUCAUCAGCUGCAUUACAGCCCUGUAAGAAGAACCAUUGCAACCCAUGUGCUGGAGGAUCAAAGAGGUGAUGUGGCAGGCCAGACUGUGCUGGAAAAGAAGAAGGUGCUGACUGAAGAUCAGAAAGGGGCAAGGAUCGAUCUGGCUGGCUAAGAUGCCAUUAUUAUGGGAGAAAAAUCUCCUGAACAUUGUGCCAAACAGGGACCACUUCCUUCAUGGGGUCUUGGGGCAGUGGCUGUCAGUUUGUUGUUUGGGGCUUUUUGUGUCUCCAAGAAGGCAGAGGUGCUGGGAGAGCAGAAGGGAGUGAGUGAUGGCCCUUGCACUUGAAGUGUCUGCACUCUCUGUGGUGGAGAGAACAUGCAGAUUUGUGCAGGGGGAGAGAUCAUUUUGGUUUCUGGGGGUGGGUGGUUUUUUUUAUUUUAUAAUUAAAAUUAUCUUUGUUUCCAUUGUG